CGUAUAGCCCGCUAGCUAGCCGACAGCCGAGUGCGAAAUUAAAAUCAGCUCUUAUUUUCAUUCACAGUAUUAUCAUUCAAAAUGAACCAAAUAUGGUUUACCUUAUUGUUAACUGCGGCAAUAUGCAUGUGUGUAAGCGCUAAAAAGUUUAAAGAUGGUGAAAAACCGGCGUGGGCCAAGAAGGACAUACGCGAUUACAGUGAUGCUGAUCUGGAACGCCUACUAGAUCAAUGGGAGGAAGAUGAAGAACCCCUGGAACCUGACGAACUUCCGGAACACUUGCGACCGGCACCACCAAUUGAUAUGUCACAGCUGGAUAUGUCCAAUCCGGAGAACAUUUUGAAAGCUUCCAAAAAGGGAAAAACUCUAAUGAGCUUCGUGAUGGUAAAUGGCAAUCCUACCCGGGAGGAAACAGAAGAGAUUACCAAAUUAUGGCAGACGAGCUUGUGGAAUAAUCACAUUCAGGCGGAACGUUAUUUGAUCGACGAUAAUCGAGCGAUAUUCAUGUUUAAGGAAGGCUCCCAAGCAUGGGAGGCGAAAGAUUUCCUGAUCGAACAGGAACGUUGUUUGCAGGUUACAAUAGAGAACAAAGAUUACAAGGGCAAGCAUAACCCGGCUGCGGAGGAAGAGGCAAAGGAUGAGCUUUAGUUUAUUUUUUUGUAAUUACGUGUACAAUGUAUGAUUGAAUAUUAUGUUUGCUUUACAUACAUUCUGAUUUUGCUA